CUCAAAGAUGAGCAACCCCUUUAAAAAAAGUAUAGGGUAAAUCGAUGUAUUUAUUGGAUGAAAACGAGUGAAAUAUGGUUUUGUGUCUUUACAGGAGAAAAUGUUACAAUGGGAACAUGUUUUGUAUCCUCAACUAAAAUGAAAGAUUUUGGAAUGUGAAGGUGACGCCUAGAGAUGAGAGAACAAUUCACGUUAUUUUUGACUGGAAUUGCAGUGUAUGUGCUUCUCUACUGGGAACCCUCAACCUCUUCUGGGACUCUACCUCAAAUGUACACAGGAACAUUCCACUAAAGAAACGAUCCAACAGCCAAUGGCGAAUAAGACACGGGUGUCAGAACUUUUUCUACUUGGCUUUCCAGGACUCAAUGAGACUUUUGAUGUCCCCAUCUCCAUUGGCUUGUUUCUUGCUUACAUCAUCUCUCUCUUUGCAAACGCUACAGUGAUACUUCUAAUUGCUUUUAAUCGCCACUUGAAUCAGCCGAUGUACAAGAUAAUGGUGAACCUCGCUGUGUCCGACCUGCUGUUUGACACAAUAACCCUGCCCAAAAUUAUUGCAAAGUACUGGUUCGGUGCUGGAUCUAUUCCCUACUGUGUGUGCAUCUUGCAACUUUUCUGCGUACAUUUUCUCGGAAGCUUUGACGCCUACAUCAUUAUGUUAAUGGCUUUGGAUCGUUAUAUAGCCAUUUGCUACCCUCUGAGAUACGUUUGCAUAAUGACCAACAGAACCACCUGCAUUCUCUGCUGCUUCUUCUGGAUCUUUGCUGGAGCCAUCGGUGCAGUAAUAGCCAUCCUGGAUUCUACAGUUCCCAUCUGCAACAAAAACAAAAUAAAAGGCUGUUUCUGCACCAAUACGGCCCUCACUGCAUUAUCGUGCAUGGACGUUACCUUCGUGAAACGACUGGCGUUUGGCCUGGCCAUGUUCGUUCUCCUGUUGCCUUUCACUUUUAUUAUAUUCUCCUACGUUGCCAUCAUCAAGGCCAUCUGCUCACGGGACCAUUUUGAAAACUGGCGCAAAACGUUUUAUACCUGCGCCACGCACCUCCUGGUUAUUGGUUUAUUUUUUAUUCCCAGGAUAUUUGUGUAUGUUUCUAAUCAGUUUCAGUUAAUUCUGGAGGAGGAUUUGAAUGUUCUGCUUCUUUGCUUGUAUACGUUCGUUCCGCACAUGGCAAAUCCCGUGAUAUACUGUCUGAGGACUAAGGAAAUCCGAAAAACCAUUGGGAGGUUCUUCCGGAAGAUCAUUAGCAAAGUAAAAAAUCCUAUCUCAGUAAGUGUCAUUAUCAACUAAAUGGUUUGAUUAUUUGGGCUCCAAACAUAGUAGAUUGUUGCACAAAAUGAAGGCAGUCAACAUUGUAGCCACGAGACAAGGCUUUUGCCACCGAAAUCUGGUUGGAAAUCCAUAUGAUGCAUCGAUGUGGUCCUUUGCCAUUUGACCUCCGCAGGGUGCCAAAAACAUAAGCCAAGAUCUU